CUUCCAUGUCACCAUUUAAUAUAUAACAUAUAUAACAAGAAUGACGAUUUAUUUUUUACUUUUCCGUAUAUAUGAAAAGUAGUCACUGGUUUACCCAAAAUAGAAUCGAUUUUUCGCGAAUCUUCCUGUUUCAUCCAAUCACAAUACGAGAUGUAUAUAAACGGAAUACCCGCCAGGCCUAGGCGCCAAGUUUCAAAACAAAGUAAAUAUUUAUAAUUGCGUUUUGAGAGAAAAUAAUCAUAUUGAUAGUGAAUUUAAUCAUUGUCUACUAAAAAUGUCGCUAAUACCACUUUUAUUCGAUGACUCUGCUUAUUUCUUGCGACCAUCAAGAGUUAUGGAUCAACAUUUUGGGAUGAUGUUGGAUCCAGAUCUUCUACAACCAAUAAAUCUUUCAAGAUUGUUACUACGCUCUCCUGCGGGUUAUAUCAGAAAUUGGAUGUCGGCUGCAUCUAAAUAUGAUUCAGGAUCUACAUAUGGAAAGGAUCAGUUUAUAGCAAAUUUGGAUGUUCAACAGUUCAAACCGGACGAAAUUAGUGUUAAAAUUACUGAUGAAAAUACUAUUACAAUUGAAGGAAAGCACGAAGAGAAAGAAGAUGAACAUGGACAUAUCUUCAGACAUUUUGUGAGAAAAUACACUUUACCGAAAAACUACAAUAUCAGCCAAAUGCAAUCUAAGUUGUCUUCAGAUGGUGUUCUAACCAUUACAGCGCCCAGGAUUGACGUUGAACAAAUAGAAUGCAAAAACAUACCGAUUAUUCAAACUGGAGAACCAGUUAAAUCCAUUGAAGAAAAGAAAAACGAUAAGCAAAAGUAAUUUGCAAGAAUCAUUUAAUUUUUGCAUUAAAAAUAAUACGACCACAAAAAAUGUUUCUAAAGAGAGAUGAGUAGUGUUAUAUUGAUAUUUGAAUUAAAUCCAAACUGGCACUUAAAAAGAAGGCGUGAAUUUUGUCAUGGCCUACUUUGGAAACAUUUUUUUGUGGAUCGAUCUAUAUAAUUAUUAUUAUGUUGUAAUACCUAUUAUUGGUAUGCCUUUUUAUGACUGAUAUUAUGAAGCCUACUUAUACAUAUAUUUUUUAAUAAAGAUUGCAAUUGUUUUAUUUUUAAUCCAAUUUGUUUUUUACAAGAAAAUACGCUGUUCUCCCCAGACAACACACCAAAUCCCAGAGAUAUCCACAGAAUAUCUUUUGUGGAUAUCCAAUACAUCCACAGGAUAUCAGAAAUAUUCCGUGGAUCUAAUAUGGAUAUCCAAAUGUCCGUCUAUAUCCAGAAUAUAGAAUAAGAUAUCAUAUGGAUAUCCAGCAAAAUGAUCUAAUGAGUAUCUUCCAGACAAUACAAGAAAUCCCAGAGAU